AUGGGUACCACUGUGCUCACCGGUCUUUCGGAGAAAAUCUUUUCCUUCAAGGCAGAGAACCCUCCGCUGACUGAAAUUACUCCUCCUAAAGAUCGGGCUUUCUCUGCUGAUCCCGAGAAAAAAGCUCUCCUUUCUGCAGCUUCUCAAGUCAAACAUCUGACUCCUUACAUUGGAACGGAGCUUGUAGCAGUCCAGCUUAAUCAGCUCACCCCACAACAGAAAGAUGAUCUUGCACUCCUGCGGGGUGUUGUUUUUUUCCGAGACCAGGACCUCACUUUGGAGCAGCAGCAUGAGUUUACCGAGCAUUAUGGCAUUCAAGAUCGUGAUCCAAACCAAGUCGAUCCACGUCAUGUCACAAUCCUCGGUCGUGGGGGCGAUAUCCGCAAACAUGGGCACACCGGAGGUGGAGAAUACCACUCUGACCAUUCGUUCGAAAUCAACCCUCCGGCCUAUACCCUACUACGGGUUGUCAAGACUCCAGAAUUCGGCGGCGAUACGAUCUUUACCAGCCAGACAGCUCUAUAUGACAAGUUGAGCCCAACUUUUCAAGAGACACUUGAAGGACUACAUGGAGUUCAUAGUUCGGAGCAAUAUUUUCUCGAUUCUGUCAAUAACGGUGCGCAGACUUUCCGGUAUCCGGUCCGUACUCACCCAGUCACCAAUCUUAAGUCCCUCUUCUACAACCCCAGCUUUGUGGCCCACAUCUCCGAACUGAAGAACCAAGAGGCCAUACAUACUUUAAACUUCUUACGGGAACAUCUCCAUUCCGCGGAUGAUCUAUCUGUUCGCUGGAAGUGGGAGCCCGGCAGCGUCGCCUUCUGGGAUAAUCGUGUCGUCGUUCAUCGAGCUGUCCCUGGGGGCUACAACGUGGAAGAGCGUGAGGGAACGCGUACAGCUGUUUAUGGAGAGAAACCAUUUUAUGAUGCUAAAGGCCAAAGUCUCAGUAACUGGAAAGAGUCUCAUCCUCUUUGA